AUGUCCUCCUCGUCGCCACAGGGCAACCCACCACCUCCACACCCCGAUUUUUCCAACUCCUCUAUCGAACGCUUACCAUUGAGUAAUGAUGGCAAGCGCAACCUCUCUCCACUCGAGCGCCAGACCAAGUUUGGACGCAGAACGUCAACGACAGGGGACAUUUCUGCUGCUGUGCACGAAGUGUCAUCCAGUGGCGUCAUGUAUCCAGAACCAUCUACUUUGAGCAUCCCCUCAUCACCUGUUGUCUCUUCUCCGCCGCCUAACUAUGUCCAGGUGAUCCCAACGAUCGAACAGGCUCUCUUUACCCUGAGGGCGCAUAGGCUUGCCGAAUACCAAGAGGAUGUCUACAUCGCCCCUUUGGCCAAACACAAUCCCCAAGCAGCUGAUGCUAAUGUCUUUCCUUUGAUGGAUAAGGUUGGAGAGUUUCUGGCUGGCAACAGCCGCGUCAUGCUGAUCCUUGGCGAUUCUGGGGCUGGCAAGUCGACCUUCAACAAGCACCUUGAGCAUCGACUUUGGACAGAGUACAAGCGCGGCAGGCCUAUUCCGCUCUUCAUCAACCUCCCAGCCCUUCAGAAUCCGCUCAAGGAUCUGAUGGGUGAGCAAUUAAGGGAGCACCACCUUUCGGAGGAACAGAUCCAGGAACUGAAGCAACAUCGGCAGUUCAUUGUCAUCUGCGAUGGAUACGAUGAGAGUCAGCUCACCAUCAACAUUCACAACUCCAACAACCUCAACAUCCCUGGACAAUGGAAUGUCAAGCUUGUCAUCAGUUGCAGGAGCCAGUACCUUGGCCAAGACUACCAUGAUCGGUUUGAGCCCAGUGGAGGCGGUCACUACAACCGCCCUGCCGUCCAUCUGUUCCAAGAAGCCGUGAUCGCCCCUUUUUCGACAGAGCAGAUCAAAGGCUAUGUCGAGCAAUAUGUUCCCCUCGAGCCAAGGACCUGGCGCACGGAGGACUACAUGGACAAACUCACGACCAUUCCAAACCUCAUGGACCUAGUCAAGAAUCCGUUCCUGCUCUCAAUAGCACUGGAAGCACUGCCUGGCGUCAUCGAGGGAAAGCAGGUUCUGUCGACUAUCAAUAUCACUCGCGCUCAGCUCUACGACACAUUUGUGGAGCACUGGUGCAAUGUCAACAAACGACGACUUCAGAGCAACACGUUGUUAAUGGCAGAUCGCAUUGUAUUCAACGAACUUCUGGACAUGGGAUUUGUUUCCAAGAGUAUUGACUAUUCCACGAGGCUGGCGUUGGCGAUCUUUGAGCAACAGGACGGGAACCCGAUUGUCCAGUAUGUUCACGACAAGAACUCUUGGAAAGCGCAGUUCUUUGGACAAGAUGCAGAAGUCCGACUCCUACGAGAUUCGAGCCCUUUGAGCCGCACCGGGAACCUGCACCGCUUCCUUCAUCGGUCCAUGCUUGAGUAUUUUUUCUCGCGUGCUAUCUUUGAUCCAAGCAGUCAUGGCGGCGACGAUGAAUCGACCUUCCAGACGAAUCCUCUCUCGCCUGACGACCAGUUGGUCAACACCGACGGCCCUUUGUUCACGAGGGACCUUCUCACUGAGCCCUCUGUCAUCCAGUUCUUGAGUGAUCGCGUGAAGCAGAGUGCCAAGUUCAAACAGUAUUUCUUAGAAGUCGUCGAGUUGUCCAAAUCGAACGCCCAGGCGAGCCAAGCUGCGGCUAAUGCCAUUACGAUCCUGGUCCUAGCCGGUGUGCAAUUUCAUGGAGCUGAUCUUCGAGGCAUUCGCAUUCCAGGAGCGGAUCUUACCUGUGGGCGGUUUGACUCUGCACGUCUACAGGAUGCCGACUUGACGGGUGUGAAUCUCUCCAAGGCAUGGAUUCGACAGGCCGAUCUCAGCCGGGCAUGCAUGGGUGGGUCUCGAUUUGGAGAGCUACCGUACUUGGAGGAGUCGGAGAAGGUCUCGUCAUGCGCCUUUUCUCCGGACGGCAAGUUUCUCGCGGCAGGUCUAUGGGACGGUAACAUCAGCAUCUAUGACACUGUAACCUGGAUAUGGAUUCAAAUGUUUCAAGGGCACCAGCAAGCCGUUACAAGUCUGGCUUACUCGCCGAACAGCCAACAACUUCUCUCUGGCAGCUACGACGAAACAGCGCGCCUUUGGAACAGCGAAUCUGGAUCAACCGAUUUCAUUUUAGAGGGACACUCAGGCAUGAUGGAGACUGUGGCGUUCUCUCCAACAGGCCAGCAGUUCGCAACGAUCAAUGACGACGGCUCGGCCGUACUCUGGGACGCUCGGACCGGUGCUUCCGUUCUCGUUUUGACCGACAGCGCUGCCCUCUUUACCAGAAUAGCCUAUUCGCCAGACGGAAACACCAUUGCCACCGGGGGGGAUAAGAUAAUUCGAAUAUUCGACACACAGACCGGAUUGCUUGUGUUGGAGAUUUCCGACGGCGACGAUAGGAUUAUGUGUCUGACAUAUUCACUCGAUGGCCAACGUAUCGCUACAGGCUCUUAUGGUGGCCGAUUGCAACUGUGGAAGGCAACAGCGACCACCCUGGAGCCCGGACGGGAAUGGGCGGCACACUCGGAUAACGUAACAACCAUUGCCUUUUCACCCGACGACCGAUGGAUCGCCUCAUCUAGUAGUGACCGUACAGUGAAACUGUGGGACUCUCGUUCCGGCCUACUUGUCUCGUCAUUUAUAAACCAUGUGGGCAAUGUCAAUUGCGUUCGGUUUUCACCAAGUGGCCAAUAUAUCGCAUCGGCAAGUGGCGACAAUACUCUGCAGCUGUGGGAGGUGAACUCUUCAAGUCUAGGACUCGACUAUUACGACUUACCAGACGAACAGAUAUGUGCGGCAUACUCUCCGGACGGACGGCAGCUUAUCACUGGCAGUCGACACGCACCCCUGCGACAAUUCAGCGCGGAUUCGGGAUACAUCGACUUUGUUUUUCCUGAUCACCUGUACCACGUAAAUUGCAUUGCAUUCUCCUCGGACGGUCUUCAGAUAGCCAUCAGUAGGGCUGAGGAGUUGGAAGUGAUUAUAUGGAGCGUUGAAUCCCGCGCUGCUUCCUUUGUCCUUAGUGGGCACCAGUCUGCCGUGGAGUCUGUUGCCUUCUCACCUUGCGGUCGCUGGCUUGCCUCCGGAAGUAGCAAGAAGAUAGUGCGGGUUUGGGAUACUCGUUCAGGAGCAGCCGGUCGUGUUCUGAAUGGCCAUAAGGAAGAUGUACAGAGCGUUGCAUUUUCUCCGGAUGGUGGUUGGAUUGCAUCGGUUGGCGGGAGAAUGGUCCAACUCUGGGAGGCAGGCACAGGCGAGCUCAAGGCAAGUAGGGAGAUUGAUAUCCGUUUCGAUUUGUGCAAUAGGAGUUAUGUCGCUUAUAAGCCCGGCUGUCUCCAGGUGGCUUCCUGCCAAGGAGAUGGAAUCAUUCGAUUGUGGGAGGAUGAUCAAAAACUCCAAGGUUUCCGAUAUAUCUUGAAGCAGAACCGGUUCAUAAACCGAUUUGCAUUCUCAUCCUGCGGCCAGUGGAUAGCAACAACCCACCUCACCAGUGUUCGACUCUGGAGACUGCCAUCCCCGGAUCAGGAUCAGGAGGCGCUACCGUUGCAGGAUCAAGACUGUGCGUCGGUUAUUGAGGGGUUCACAGGAGAUGUCUGGGACGUUGUUUGGAGACCCAACAAGUUGGAGUUUGCGACGGCAGGUGAGGAAGGAUCGAUUCGGGCUUGGCGGGUGGUGGAGGACAAGGAUGGGUCAGGAAGAGUGUCUAUUCGUCUGUUGUGGUCUUCUGGACCUGCUGUGCUCACCGCAUCGGGUGCCGUGCUUAAUGAUACCAUCGGUCUUAGUACCACCAAUCACAAGCUACUCCAACAGCGCGGUGCUACUGGAUCUUCCGACAGCUAG